AAAUAUUGCAACGUCGUAAAUUGGCGUCGUGAGUAACUAAGAUGUCUGAAGAUUGGGCAGAUCAAGUUAGCGUAUCUCUCGGCUGUCAUUUUACUUGUAAUAUUGUUUAAAAUCACUGUGUUAUCAAUAAUAUAUAUCCUUUGUUCAUCAGCAAGUUACAUCAUUUACAACAAAGAAAAUAUUAAACAAGAGAAAAUUCGUUAUAAUAUAACACAGCAUCAUAAUAAUAUCAAUGUUAUCUAAAGGAUGUUCAUAAUCGUUAGCUGAAUAAUCAUCACUUGAAAAUGGCAAGUGACAGUGAUCAUAUCCCAAAACCAUCAAAACGAAUUAGAUGUCGUAUAUCUGACAGUGAAAGCAGUGAUGAUUCGUUUGUAGUUAAAGUUAAUCGCAAAUGUCGAUCAAAAAAAGUCUUGAGUGAUGAUAGUAGUGAUGAAGAUGUAAACAUCGAAAAAGGAAAAUCAUUAAAACGAAAAAACCACGAGGAGGAAGAUGAUGAUAUGAGUUCCAGCAGUUGUGCAAGUGAUACAUCAGUAUUCAUCGCUUCUGAUAGUACUGACAGUGAGUGGGAAUCAGAUUGGGAAAGCAGUAGUGAUAGUUCAGAUAAUACGUCGCCAAAAAAAUCUAAAAAUGUUCAAAAACAACCUAAAAAGACUACUAAAUCAACUGAUAGUCAUCCAGAAGGUGCAGAAUCUGACGAAAGCGAUGGCCAAUCAGAAAAAUGUCCUAUUUGUUUAUUAUCUUUUCGCAAACAAGAAAUAGGAAUACCAUCUUCCUGUGAUCAUUGUUUCUGUUUGUUAUGCAUAAAUGAAUGGAGUAGAAAUAUUAACACUUGCCCAGUAGACCGCUUAGAGUUCAACACCAUCCAUGUUAAAGCACGAAUAGAUGGAGAGGUUACGAAUGUUAUACCUGUAGAACCAAGAUCUACGGUAGAGGAACCAGUGCAAGAAAAUCCUACGCUAUGUGAAGUUUGUCAUCAGGGUGAUCGUGAAGAUCGUCUGUUAUUGUGUGAUGGUUGUGAUUCGGGUUACCAUUUAGAGUGUUUAACACCACCAAUGGAUCAGGUUCCUAUCGAAGAAUGGUUCUGUCCAGGGUGCUCACGUAUAAUCGAACAAAAUCAAGAUCUCACUGAAAUGAUCCAACAAGAUUUCAAUGAGUUACCAGACAUAAUUGCAGAAGCAAGGCUCCUUGGACAGACUUAUGGACGAAGACGUCUAGGAUUUACUGCACCUUUUGAUCCAAUUUUUGGAUUUCAUUCACGACAACGACUUAUUCCACGAACACGUCAAUCAGAACGUGUACGUGCUAGCGUUCAUGCUGAUCGCAAUAGAACGAGUGAUCGUGCAAAUCCACGUACAUUUGAUCCAGAUCAGCCAUCAACUUCAUCUGGAUUAGACUCAAUUUCGGAAAAUAGUCGAGCCUCUGGUACUAUUCCAUCUAGACGCACUACCACUAAAUCUAAGAGCCGUAAAACAUCUAGUCGAAAAAAAAGAGGUCAUAAAACAAAGAGUGAUAAUAAAUUACAUCAUCAAAAAGUAUACAUCAGAGAAUACAAUACUGACGGUGAAGAACAGGAAAUAGUGACCUAUGUCAAAGUUAAAUCACGCCAAACAAGCCGGAAACGUAAGAAGCGAACAGUAAAAUCCCGUAAGAAGCGAAAAACAAAAUCGAUGCGUCGUAAACUUUUUUGUCAGCUCGACAACAUCAAGGCUGUGAGAAAACGAUUAGCUCUUACAUUAAGCAUGGCUAGAAAACUUGGAGGAAUGAAUUCUACUGGAUUUAGUCUAACAAAACAAUUACCAGGAUCUCAACGAUCUGAAAUCUCUAAUGCAAGGUACCGUGCUGGCAUUCCACAACUCAAUUUAUUUGGAAAUAAUCUUGCUUUAGAUUAUUCACCUUCAGGGUCAGAUGAUGAAAUGAGUUCUGUGAGACAAGACAAUGGUGUCGAUACUGGUUCCAUUGUUGGUAUUCAACAUCGAGGUGUAUCAUCAAUAAAUACAAUUAGACGACGAUUGGCUCUCAAAAGUGUUACAAGUUCUACUUCUACAGGAGAUGAACCUCAACCAGCUACGGAUUUAAUCACAAAUAUUAUUAAUAGUCAAAAGUUGUGGCAUUCAAAAGAAAAGAAAAUAACACUCAAAGCUGACGGCACUCUGAUUAUACCUGAUCAAGAAAAAGAUAUUGUUAGAAGUAAUGAUGCUUCACAAGAUAGUAGGAUUACCAAUAGUCCAGAAAUUGAAAAUACAAUUGUCUCUACAACUAUCAGUUCAGUGGACAUAGUUCAAGCACCUUUAUAUAAUAAUUCACGAGGAAGUGGAAAUAAUAAUAACGCUGACGGAGGAAAUUUUAGAGGCAAUUAUUACAAUAGGAAUCAUAAUAGAAAUGAUUAUAGUAUACGAGACUCUUAUUCAAGUGGUGGACAACAAAACUAUGGUGGUUCAGGAUCAAGAAAUGAUUUUGGUUAUGGAGAUUUUAGACCACCACCGCCAUCCAUGAAUGAUUUUAGGCCAAAUUUUGAUAAUCGGAGACUACCUCCAGGACCUGGAAUGCCACCAUUCAGAGGCCGUAAUAAUUUUCGUAAUAAUAACGGUCGACAACGACGAUUUAAUUCUGACAGAUCAGGACCGUUUCGAUCGCUAAAUCAAUCACAACACUCCAAUUUUUCUCACAUAAAUAAUUUUCCACUUGUUAGUAAUACUACUUCAGCUGCUCCAGACACAGCUUCGAAUAAUCUGAAUUCAACUGAAGUAUCAUCUUCCCCUUUAACACCAGUAAACGUUAACUCAGAAGCUGAACAGGAAACAGGAAAUCUUGCUGACACUUCACCUACACUCAACGAAUCUGUUUCAAGUGAACCUUUGGCAGCUGUUCAACCAGAACAACCAGCAGAUGGAGAGGAGUGUGAUAUUUAUAGUGAUAUGGAGAUUCCUGUUAAUAAAUCCGCAGAUACAGCCAAAACAAAUUGUGAUAAUGAAAAUAAUGGUGAAAAUGUAGUAGCAUUAUUACCUCCACCAGUUCCACCAUCGGACUUGUUAGAUUUUGAAGAUAAUAUGAAAAGUGACAAUGAAAAUGAAAGUGACGAAAAUGAUUUAGUGAUAGACGAUACUCCAAAAGAGUCUGGUGAUACAGAAACGAAUGAAAUGAAAACAGAUGAUAAAUAUGAUCCGUUUUCGGUUAUUGAUAGUGAUAGUAAUGAUAGUACGAAAAAUAAACAUGAUAAAGGUGAUAAUAAUGAAAUAAAUCCGAAGAACAUUGAUUCAUCUACACUGCCUUUAGAACCACCCCCUAUGCCACCAGAUUUACCACCAAUUGAUUCAUCUAAUAAACUUGACGAAUUAAAUACGGGACUUCUUCGUUUAGACGUAUCUGAUGAUGAAGAUGAUAACAAUUCACAAUCAGAUUGUCCGAAUUUCUCUAUUUACUCUUCAGAAACUAUGGAUGUUGCCAGACAUACUGAACAAGAAUUAACUCAGCAAAUAGGACCUUUAGAACCACCUCCAAUGCCACCCAGUAUACCAGAUGAUGAUGAUAUUAUUGUUGCUGACGUACAAGCUUGUGAUUUGACGGAUAUUCCGGAACCUUCAGACCCAUAUAUUGAAUCUUUACAAAAAGAACGUCAGACAUUAAGUAAAAUUCCACCAAAAAAAUUAUCUAUUGAUGCUCGAGGAAAAAUAACUUUUAAAAUUGGUAGUAAAUUUAAAUUAAAUAAUAAAUUAUGUAGUAUACGUGAUGAACUUGAUGAUAAUAUUGAGAAACCCAAUGUACUGGAGAAAGAAAAAGAAAAAGAAUCUAAAGAAAAGAAAUUUGAGCGUGUGAAAAACGAUACAGUUUCUGAUAAUCAAUCGAAAAGUGAUGAGAGUGAUGAUAAGAAAAAUUGUGAAGGCAGUGUUGUUGUUAAAAGUGACAAUGAUAGUUCUGAAAAAAUAGAAAAAGAAAAAGACGAUGAAAAAAAAGAUGGUGAGUAUGAAGUGGAAGAAUUUAAUAUAAAAGAGGUUAAAAGUAAUCAAGAAGAAAAUGAUAAAGGUAAAAGUAUUGCUGAUGUUCAAGUAUCUGAUCAAACAAAUGUUGAAGAAUUAAAAAAUACUUCUGGAGAUAUAUCGUCUCAUAAUGAAGAUGAUAAAUUGAAGGUCACUAAUGAUGAUAAUGAAACGGAAAUAGAUAAAAGUCAAUCGGAAAAUAUAUCAAUAGAUUCGAUGAUCCAUUCUGAUAUUGAACUGGAAAAAGAACCAGAUAAGUCAUCAAAUACUAUUGAUAAAGAUAAUGACGAUGAUAAAAAUAUUAGUGUUGAUAAUUGGGAUUCUGAUGGUGCUUACACGCCGUGUAAAGAUGAAAUGCCAAUAAAGGAAAAAGAUGAUAAAGAUGAAAAUAAUGAAUCUCCUUAUGAUAGUGGUUUAGAACCAAUUACACCCCCUACUAAAGACCGAUCAACUGAUGAUUUGGAUGUUAGUUGUGCUACUCCAAUAGACUAUGCUGGAUUAGGUACAGAAGCAAUUUCUGAAAAUGAUGAGCCAAUUAAUUUUGAAGAUGAAUUAUUACUUUUAAGCGAACGACAAGAGAAAGAGAACAAGAAUGAUAAUGAUGCCGAUGAUAAUAAAUCUAGUGGUAAAAAACAAAGUGACAAAUUAUCAGAUAUAGAAGAUUCUGAUGGUCAUAAAAAGAAAAAAGAUAAAAGGGACAAGUGUAAGGAUACUGAAAAAAAUAAAGAGAAUAUAUCAUCUGAAAAUCAUGUUGCAUGGAAAAAGAUUUCUAAAAAUAAUAAAGAACGUCAGUAUCGUGAAAAAAUGAAAAGUACAGAAUUUAAUGAGAAAGAAAAAGAUAAAGAAAAAGAUAAGGAUAAAGAGAAAUUUCUAAAAGAUAAAAGUAAAAAUAGAGAUAAGAGUAAAGAAAAAAUAAAAAAGAAAAAAGAUGAAACGGACAAAAAGAAAGUUAAAAGAAAAGAAUUACCACGGUAUGAUGUAAGAAAAAUAGUAGCAGAAAAACCCGUUCGUCCUAGGAAAGACGAAUAUGGUAGAGAUAUUCGUGGUUUAUCAAGAAGUUUAUCACGUAGUAGAAGUUUAGAAAAAAGUAAUAAAAGAUCUCAUUCUCGUGAACGAUUAAGCCGAUCAUACUCACCAAGGAUGAAUUUACGGUGUAGUAGAUCUUGGUCAAGACACUAUCAACGCUCUUGGUCUCGAGACCGAUCUCCAUCAUAUAAACAAUCAACAUCACGGGGUAGAAAAAAAUCAUUAACUCGUGAUCGACGUUCAUUGUCCAGAAGACGCUCUAGGUCUCUAACAAUUCGACGUAGCCGUAGAUCAUCAUCGAAUCAACGCCUUGGACGAAGAAAUAAAAAGAAAUCCAUAUCGAGAAAGCAUCGGUCACGGUCACGUUCAUGGUCACGUUCAAGGUCCCGUUCACGUUCAAGACAACGCUCAAAAUCAAGGUCUAAAUCGCGAUCAAGAAAGAAGGAUAAAUCAAAAAAGCAUAAAUCACGAAGCCACUCAAGACGACGAAAACGAUCGAGGAGUAAGAGCAUGAUGUCUGCCAAAGUAUCUAAAUCAUUAAACAAAAAACGGAUAAAGAGAAAAAUGACUAUUUCAAAUACUAAUAUGUUCACGGAUAGAUCAAGAUCGAGAGACAGAUCAUAUUCUCGUGAAAGAAAUUAUCGGAGUUGGAAUAAUAAAGCAAUGGACCCAAGUCCAUUUAGUAUCAGAACAGAUAAGGAUCAAUUAAUGAAUGCAGCAGCACCAACGUCUUGGAGUGCUCAGUGGACUCCUUCAUGGUCAAGAUCGCGUUCACGAACUCCAAUUGAUAAACAACGUAAUGAUCAUAUUAUGCCGUCUCACGGCUGGUCACCAUCAAGUUCACUUGAUGAAUUAGGAGUAUCCCAAUCCUUAGCAUUACCACCUUCAUCUCCACCUUCUCAAUCAUCACUUUUAUUAAGUUCUCUCGGUAAUGCGGGUAAUUUGGGAUCAUCUUCAGCAGUAGUUACUAGCUCUGUUGGUGCUCCAAUUGAUGGUGUUGUAUCUCCGAAAAAUUUAACUGUAAUACUUCGUAAUAAAGAUGCUAAUAAAAAUAAAAAGAAAAAGGAUAAAAGAAGAGAAGCUAAAGAAAGGAAAAAAUCACGUGAUUUAGAACGUCGCAAGGUUAGUGGUAAACGAAAUCGAACCCCUCCACCAUCAAAAGCAGUUUUUGCAAGUGGUGAUAAUAUUUUAGUAAGCGUGUGUUUCAAUAAUGAUAAUGUAACUAGCCAAUCAAAUAAUGUUACAACUUUAACAGAUACUUUACCACUUCUUACAACUACUAAACGCCGUCGUCGUGAUCCAAUUCGAACAGAUGAACCGCUUAGUAAAAAGCCAAAGAAAGAUAGAUCUAAAGAAAAAAGAUCAAGAUCACCAAAGCUUAAUAAAAGAGACAAGAAGAAGAAAUCGAAAGCAGCUGAAAUUGCUGCAACUAAAAAACCUGUUGCUGUUAUUGAUUUAGAUCAAUCACCAUUCCGUGAACAAACUCUUUCUCCGCAAGAUGUAAUUGUUCUCAGUGAUGAUGAUAAUGAGAAUAAUGAUGGCCGCAAUGUUAACGUUAAUAGCAAUAAUAAUGAUGAAAGAAAUAAUCAUAAUAGUAAUAACAAUAACAGUAACAGUCUUAAUAAUAGUAAUGCGGUUAAUGACUCUAAUAAUUGUCUUAAUGGCAGUAAUAAUGUUGGUGAGGCUGGUAAAAUCAAUGGUAAUUCUAAUGACAAUAAUGUUGACAAUAUUAUAGGAAAAGUUGGACAAAAGAAUAGUGGUUAUGAUGAUGAUGACGACGACGAUGGUGAUGAUCAACAAAGAACGUUUGGUUUUGUUGUUCAACCAGGAGACAUGAAACAGUUAGCUAAAGGAGACGACAAAGGAUUACAACAACAAGAACACCAUCAACAGUUAUUCCAACAGCAGUACAAACAAUUGCAACAGAAGCGUUCUAUAUCAUUGGAGUUGGAUCAGUUCAUGAUGCAAGGACCUAAAACACCGCCAGAACCUCAAGUUAAAUUUUGUAUCAAUAAACAGCCAAGUUCAAUGCGUCAAAUUACUUUGCAUCCAUUAUUUGAUAUUGAUCAAGAUGAUGAAAUGGAGAUUGACGAAAGGAUCAAUACUAAUAGCAAUAGGAUAUUAUCAAGUAAAGUCUCGAGAGGAUCAAAAGAAAAAGGAGAGAUAGAUAUGUUUGAAGAUGGUGACGAUUCAGAAAGAAAUGCAGAUUUAAAUGAAGACCAAAUACAAGAUAUACUUAGAAAAGAACAAAAUCAAGAUGGAAGUAAAAAUGAAGGUUUAGAUAAUUUAGAAGGAGAAAAAAGACCGAAUGGAAAGAAAGAUUCAAAAGUACAAAAAGAUAGUCUCGAGGCAGAUAUAGAUGAAGAUGAUGAUGAAGAUGAAGAAGAUAGAGAAUUAGAAUUAGGACUUGAUGGAGACAAAGAAAGAGUAUUAAUGGAAAGUGAAGAUAAAAGGACGGGAGAAAGUAAAGAAAAAGAUGAUGAUAAUACUAAAAGGAAAGAAGGUGAAUUAGAAAAUAGCGAAAAAAAAUCUUCAAAAAGUGAUAAUAAAAAUUCAGAAGCAAUGGAAGGCGGUAAAAUUGGUCCUAAUACUCCUCCUGAACCACCAAUUUCUCCUCUAGAGUCUCCUGAUGUUUAUGAUCCAUUUGAUCCAACUAAAUCUCGAUCACCAACUCCAAGUAUUGAAGAAACUCUAAGCAGUGAACAAAAACACAAUGAAUCUACUUUAAUGUCAAAUAAUGAAAAGCCUGAGAGUGAAAAACCAAAGGUAAUAUCUAUGGUGACAAUCAAAAGAGCAAUAUCACCGGAUAAAAAUGUGAGUUCUCCAAUCAAAACUCAUGAUAUGAGAUCUGAUGUAACAAAAGCAAUGGAUAAUCAAUUAUUUAAAGAUCAUGCAAAUCAAAUGCCAGUUUCUUCAUCAAACUUGAACUGCUUUACAACGAUAAAUCCUGUAUUGGCAACUGUUGCUGCUGCAGUUCAAAGAAGUGGUAUUUUUAAUUUAAAUAAUCCACCAUCUGGCUUCAAUGUUGCUCAAAGAAAUUCUUGUCAAAUAAAUCGACUCUCACCAAGUGGUCAAUUGAAGCAACAAAGAACAAAUGAUCGAGUUCCUCCACUUUCUAACGUAUUUUCAAGUGGUGGGAAAAAUUUGCCAGUUAAUUCAAGAAAUUCAAAACCGGGUAGUAACAGAAAUAGUUCAAUGCUUGCAAAUAAUGGCAGUGAAGUAUCUAUGGAUACUGGUAAUGACAUGGGUGCUGUUGAUACAUCUUCACCUUACUCGCCAGGAUCAAGUUUAAGUGAUGGAAUUUUUGAUCCUCCAAGUCCUGCUAGAAAUCAUCAUAGUCCUCCACGACUGUCAUCAGCAACUGGUAUAUCUAGUACGACGAAAACUAUUAGUAGUAACAAUGUUAAUAAUUCGUCAAAAGUAAAUAGAAAUAUUUCAGAUAAAAAAGACGCUUUUGAUGCGCUAUUUGGAUCAUCUCCAGUUCUUAAAGGAGGUUCGAAUAAACUUCGUAUCAAAAAGUCUACUGAAAAAAGGAAAAGAAAUAGUAACUCUAAAGUGGGAGUACGUAUGGAUGAAAAUCAACUUCAAAUAUUGGAUGACUUGCCAAGUUCGGCUGUUGAAAUGCAAGUAAAGGAUAAGUUUUUGAAAAAACUCAAUCGACAAGAACGAGUUGUUGAAGAAGUUAAAUUGGUACUAAAACCACAUUACACUAAGAAACAUGUCACAAAAGAAGAAUAUAAGGAUAUUAUGCGAAAGGCUGUGCCCAAGAUAUGUCAUAAUAAAACAGGAGAAAUAAAUCCCAAGAAAAUUGCUCAAUUAAUAGAAGCCUACGUCAAAAGAUGCAGAAGUAAUAAACGCAAAAAUACACCAUCAGAAAUAGUUGGCAAAUCAACAUCAACGUCAAAAGCAUUGCGACCAUCGAAAAAUAUUUGGAGUUGAUCAAAAAUUUUUAAGGGUAAAUUAUUUAAUCGAUGGUAAUGCAAAUGUAUAAUUCAAUCAAACGAUUAAUAAAAAUUAUGAUCGAUUUAUCAUCAUUUUUGCUAUGUAAGCGAUCUUUUACUCUAUGUAAUGUAAAUACUUAAUAAUUGAUUGUAUUAAAGCGCAAUAUUUGUAUUUAUCUUGGAGAUAGCCUGUACGCUACACUUUAACAUACAAAAUAACGAUAUUAUUGCUAGAUUUUAAUAUGUAGACAACUUACAUAGUUAUAUAUAAACUACUAUUUAUCAUAAAAAUUAUAAGGUUAAUAAAUAGCAAAAAAAUAAAUUGAACAAAAAAUUAUUACUAUUUUAUUAUCAUUAUCAAACUUGAAACUCUGAAUUUAUAAAAUUCAUACACUUUUUAACUAAGUUUUCAGUAUUAUCAUCGUUUUAAAUAUCCUAACUUAUCCUUGAAAAACAACAGUUUAUUAAUUAUAAAUUGAAAAUCAGAUAUACAUAUU